AUGUUCCAUAGUCAAUCGUACAAGUCAAUUUUGAAAAAUACACAAACAAUUAUUAAUUUAGUGAAGAUACAUUCGAGAAAAGUGUCAACUCAACCGAUGGAAGGCAUUAAGUUCGAUAAUUUAGCACUGAGAACUCUUCCGAUUGAUCCAGUCGAAGCAAACUAUGUUCGUAGUGUUUCUGGAGCAUGCUUUUCAAAAGUCAAACCAACUCCUGUCAAAAAUCCUAAAUUAGUAGCAUAUUCAGCCGAUGCUCUAAAACUAAUCGAUGUUGGCGAAGACGCUCUGAAAGAAGAAAAACAAUUGGCACAGGUAUUCAGUGGCAAUGUCCUUCUACCUGGCAUGGAUCCUGCUGCUCAUUGCUAUUGUGGUCAUCAAUUUGGUUAUUUUAGCGGUCAGCUAGGCGACGGUGCAACCAUGUAUCUAGGUGAAGUUAUUAAUAAAAACAAUGAACGUUGGGAAUUGCAAUUCAAAGGAGCGGGAAAAACUCCCUAUUCUCGAACAGCAGAUGGUCGUAAAGUUCUUCGAAGUUCGAUUCGUGAAUUUCUAUGCAGCGAGGCCAUGUACUAUCUGGGUAUUCCAACAACACGUGCUGGUACUUGUGUCACUUCCGAUGAUUAUGUCAUAAGAGAUAUUUUCUAUGACGGAAAUGCUAAACAAGAACGAUGUACCAUCAUUACACGUAUCGCUCAAACAUUUAUUCGAUUUGGUUCGUUUGAGAUAUUUAAAACACUCGACCCAAUGACUGGCCGUAGAGGUCCAUCGCUCGGACGAAAUGACAUACUGAAAACUUUGCUGGAUUAUGUCGUAGCAACAUUUUAUCCAGAGAUUGAAUCAAAGUACGGUUCCGAUGAUGAGAACAAGUAUGCAGCAUUUUUCGAAGAAGUGGUCAAGCGUACCGCUUCACUUGUUGCACAAUGGCAAUGCGUCGGAUGGUGUCACGGCGUACUGAACACUGAUAACAUGUCAAUUGUUGGUGUCACCAUCGAUUAUGGGCCAUAUGGGUUCAUGGAUCGUUACGAUCCAGGUUUCAUCUGCAAUGGUUCAGAUGACAGUGGGCGAUACUCAUAUAAACAACAGCCACCUAUUUGUAAAUGGAAUUGUGGAAAACUAGCCGAAGCAAUUGCGCCAUUUUUACCCAUACAAAGAUCCAGAGAAAUUUUAACAAAAUUCGAUGAAGAAUAUGAACGUGUCUAUAUGAACAAAAUGCGACAGAAGUUUGGUUUGAUAAGAAAACAACUAGAAACCGAUAAAGAAUUAUUCAAUACAUUUUUGAAUACUAUGGAAAGUACCGGUGCCGAUUUCACCAAUUCAUUUCGCGCAUUAUCAUUGAUACAUUUGCCAAAUACCAAAGACUUCGAUCAAUCGGUUCAACUGUUCAUCUCAACAAUUCUCGAUCAGUGUUGUGACGCUGAAGAAUGGAAAUUUGUCAAUAAAUCAUCUAUAGACGAGAGGACGUAUGAAUUGCUUAAAUCACUUGCUGGAACCAAUCGAGCGUUGUUAAGUCAAUUCGGUUUCAGUCCUGAAUUACUCGAAAAUGAAAAUCUUAAAAGAGAAAAAGCAAAAGAACUAGCCAAUAUGACGAAUGAGUCAAAACGAAAAGAUGAUGAAAAAGCAUGGCGAAAAUUUCUAGACAUGUACAUCGAAAGACUAAAGAAGGAACUGGACGAAGAUGACAUUGAGAAAUUGAAUUCAGAAAGAAUCAAAAUCAUGAAACAGAAUAAUCCAAGAAUGGUGUUGAGAAACUAUCUUGCUCAGCGUGCGAUUGAACAAGCAGAGCAAGGUGAUUACUCCGAAGUACACAAACUUUUUGAGGAAUUGAAACAUCCGUAUACUGGUGGUGACCGCGAUACAAUCCAAUUAGCAAAACCAGAUGAAACGACAACUGGUGCAGAAGCUCUACCACCCACAACUGACACAACACAAAAACAUGCAACGGGUGCUUGUUUAAAACCAACAAACUAUGAAUCCAAAGCACCGUCGGGUGCUUGUCGCAUUCGUGUUACCUGA